AGAGAAAUUUGUCAGUCUUUGUACCUCAGACAACCUGCUUACCAGUCUCCUGCUUUACUCUCUGCCAUAAAAUAGUAUUGAAAAUGAGUUGUGUCUAUGUCACACUGGGAACAGGGCAGAAAAUGCCAUUGGUUGGUCUAGGAACAUGGAAGAGUUCGCCUGGCCAGCUGAAAUCAGCAGUCUGGUGUGCCCUUGAAGCUGGCUACCAGCAUUUAGACUGUGCUUAUGCUUACAGCAAUGAGCAUGAAGUUGGAGAAGCUUUCCAUGAAAAAGUGGGAGCUGAUAAGUCCAUCAAGCGUGAGGACAUUUUUGUAACAUCCAAAUUGUGGAACACCAAACAUCACCCAGAGGACGUGGAGCCAGCGUGCCGUAAAACACUGCAAGAUCUACAGCUGGAAUACCUGGAUCUGUAUUUGAUUCAUUGGCCUAUGGCGUUUGAACGGGGUGAUAAUCUAGUUCCAAAGAAUGAAGAUGGAACAAUGCGUUACUCUGAUACUGAUUACAAGGACACUUGGAAAGCCAUGGAAAAACUAGUGGAAAAGGGUUUGACCAAAGCAAUCGGUCUAUCCAACUUCAAUGCAAACCAAAUAGAUGAUCUGCUUUCUAUUGCAACAUACAAACCAGUUGUUAAUCAGGUUGAAUGUCAUCCAUACCUAAUCCAAAAGCAGCUUGUGGAGCACUGCACUAAGCGAGGGCUAGCUGUUAUUGCCUACAGUCCUCUUGGAUCUCCUGAUCGUCCCUGGGUCACGCCAGACGAACCAAAGCUACUGGAAGACCCAAGAAUUCUGAUGAUUGCGAAGAAAUAUGGAAAAUCUCCAGCUCAAAUCAUUAUACGAUGGCAGGUGCAGAGAGGAGUAGCAUGCAUACCAAAGAGCACUAAUGCCUCCAGGAUAUAUGAAAAUAUUAAGGUAUUUGAUUUCACGUUGUCUCAGGAGGAUAUGAAACAAAUCGAGUCAUUUGACUGCAAUGGAAGAUUGAUUGUCCCAACAGUCGAAAAAGAUGGGAUAAAAGUGUGGAGAGAUGCAAGUCACCCGUACUUCCCUUUCAAUGAUCCCUAUUGAUGAUAAAUUAACAAAUCCCAGCACAUUUCUUGAAACAUUUUUCUGGCAAUUCCCGUUCUAUUUCUAUUCAAAAUCUCCUAAACUGAUAUAAUAGUAAUAAAAUAUUUUAAUCUAAAACAUGUUGAUUGUUUUUCAAGCUGUUGAUGAACAGUCAGAGAUGCAUCUAUACUGUUACACAAGUAAAGUGAACUGGUAAACAUUUUAUGUUUAAAAAUAACACACUGAUGAAAAAGUACUUAUUGAUGAACAAUUUAAUGAAUAGGUUUCAGGGAAUAAGUAUAAAGUGUCAAUCAGCAACUGCUAUCUAAAUGAAGCAGGGGAUUUUAAGAGUAUCUUAUGCAGUUUGUUACUGCUGCUUUGUAGGAAAUGUGAAUCUGUGUAUGUUAAUGGCAUUUAUUACUGACUUAUAAAUCUCAAAAAUGAAAUAAAUUGUUUAAAAUACA